AUGGUAAUGGAGAUUGAGAUUCUUCGGCACGAUGAGGAUCUCAGUGAACGCCCCUCUGCAUCACGUGAUUUCGCUCAGUUCAUCUGUAAGAUCAAUCAUCUGAAGGAACUGAUACUCUAUGGUAGCUAUCAUGAUGACUUCUACUCAACAUUAUCGUUGUUAGCAUCAACUACAAAGAUUGAGAUUCUUCGGCACGAGGAGGAUCUCAGUGAACACCCCUCUGCAUCACGUGAUUUCGCUCAGUUCAUCUGUAAGAUGAAUCAUCUGAAGGAACUGAUACUCGAUAGUAGCUAUCAUGAUGACUUCUACUCAACAUUAUCGUCGAUGGCAUCAACUACAAAGGUAAUAUCUAUUAGGAUGUUUUUACAUGAUCUCAGUGAACGCCCCUCUGCAUCACGUGAUUUCGCUCAGUUCAUCUGUAAGUUGAAUCAUAGGAAGAACCUCAGACUCGAUCGUCGGUAUCAUGAUGACUUCUACUCAACAUUAUCGUCGAUAGCAUCAACUACAAAGAUUGAGAUUCUUCAUCACAAUGAGGAUCUCAGUGAACGCCCCUCUGCAUCACGUGAUCUCGCUCUCUUCGUCUGUAAGAUGAAUCAUCUGAAGAACCUGACACUCGAUGGUAGCUAUCAUGAUGACUUCUACUCAACAUCGUCGAUGGCAUCAACUAGAAAGAUUGAGAUUCUUCAUCACAAUGAUGAUCUCAAUGAACGCCCCUCUGCAUCACGUGAUCUCGCUCUCUUCAUCUGUAAGAUGAAUCGUCUGAAGAACCUGACACUCAAUGGUAGCUAUCAUGUUGACUUCUACUAUACAUCAUCAUCGGUGGCAUCAACUGUAAAGGAUGACUGCAACACGAGCUCAACUGUGACUGAUCUGACAGUUACUGAUAGGACACGAGAAGGAUGGCAGGAUUGUGGUUCGAUGUUUGACAUUGUGAAGAGGAUCACGAUACAGGUAUGGCGCACGAUCAGAUGUGACGUCAUCCACAGGAUCCAUCUACCAGCCGCGACAGAGCUCACCAUUCAUACGGUUAAGUAUGCUAAACAACCGGCUUCUCUCCACGAUGAUCCAACUUCACUACCCAAUGCACUUCGCAAGGUCUCACCUCAGCUUGUCAAGGUCACAUUAAGAAAUAUCAACAUCGGUAACGAUCAGACCGAACGAAUGAUUCAAGCUUUCAGAUCAUCGGACGACCUCAAACAUCUGAGGACCCUAAGAUUCUUAAGAUGUGGCACUGAUGAGAGCUUUGAUUCCUCUUGUAUUGACUCAAAUGGUGAACAUAAGAUAACGGUGGAUAUAGUACAUGGGAAACCACUAGGCAAACGGUUGAGAUAGCAGCAACCAGGAUCUGACAUUGAAGAUGAUGUAGGCUAUCCGACGAGAUAUAUGAGCUGAUAUUUAUGACAAUUACUGUUUCAGUUUAGCAAUUCAAACGUUUUACAUUACUGUUACUGCUAUAGCAGCUCUCGUACUCACUCGUCCAAUGGUCAGGAGACCGACCUGGCCAUUACCCCAAUACUGGGAAGCUUUCGAAAACACAAUGCAGCGAGAGAGGGUGGUUUAUAGACUCAAUUAAAGAUAAUAGAUAAUAGAAAUGGCUGCACCAUGUAUUGCAUAAAACAUUUUCUAUGGACUCGUGUUUAAAAAUGG